GUGUGUGCAAUUCACAUGUGAUUCUGCGAGGAGAAUGAAUGGUCAUGUAAAGAUUAUGCGUUUUCAACAGUUUAUGGAACCAGCAACAACGUUACUCUCCCUCCUGCUGGUUAUGGCGGUCGAUUCAUCGAGAACUGUGGCAGCAACCAGAAACCCGCAUUGUGGGAUCCCUCUGCAGCAGACUUUGAACCUCGCCCGACUCGUGCAGAAGGAAUCUGUCAAUCUGAUCCAAACAUACAAAGCCUCUCAAGGAGGACAAGCAGAUGUCCUCUGCGAGGCGUCGUUCAAAUACACCCCCGACCCCAACAUCUCCGGCCUGCAGCCCUGGGAGAAGCUGCUGAGCAUCUACACACAUCUCCAGGACUUCUUCCCGCAUUUCAAACGGGUGUACGAGCAGCAGAUGGACUUACAGUCACCGGAGAGCCCGCUGCUGGCCGAGCUCGACCGCACCGGCGGCAGCAGGAGGAACCUGGCCAAUCUCGUAAGCAGCUUGUACCAGAGCCUCUUCCCAAACCUGCCAAUACCAGAGCCAGCGGGGGGGCCCACCACACUACCUUCACCUCAGAACGUCUUCCAGCAGAAGGUCUACGGCUGCGAGGUGCUGAAGGCCUACAAGGAGUUGGUGUCAAAUGUUCUUCGAGAACUGAGGACUCUGAAAAGCAACGUCUGCAGAAGAACACAGAGGAACACAAACUCCUGAGGAUGACCUGAGGCUGGCCUCAGAGGGUCAGUAGUAAACCACAGGAUGAAAGACUUUGAACGAUGAGUGAGUAUCAAGGUGGCUGGUGCAUCACCUGAUUAUUGUAUUUAAUGGUUAUACUUUUCAUAAUUUAACAAUAUUUAUUUUUUUGUUUCUAGUACUAAUAAUACAUUUUAUUUAUAACGCACUCUUCAAACAAAGUAAAAGCUAGUAAAAACAUACAAUAAGAGGAACGUUGUUAAAAGAUCGAGAUCGUGAAAGUAUCUCAAUGCAAGUUAUUAUUUAAUACGUCUUAUAUGUUAUAUAUAUAUAUAUGUUAUGUUAUAUGUUAUGUAUGGUACUACUUCACUGGUCUAUUGUUAUGAUUAAUAAAACAUACUU